UUUGUGAAGACGGUCUCGCUGUGUUGCCCAGGCUGGUCAAGAACUCUUGGCCUCAGGCAGUCUUCGUGCCUCAGCCUCCUUAAGUGCUGGGAUUAUAGGCAAGUCACUGUGCCUGGCCAAAAAUACUAAUUUUUAAUAGAUACCAUUAUGGCUCCUAUUCUUAAAGGAAAAAAUAGGACAUUUUAAGACUCUAUGCAAGGGAUAUUCAAUUAGUAUAUUUUUUAUUUAAAAAGCCACUACUUAGAAUCAGAUUUCAUUAGGCAAAUGAAAUCCAGAUAUUACUAGCCAGAAACUAUCAGGUGUAGAAACAGCAGGAACAUUUUAGUCACUUUGUUGUUGACAUUUUUGACUAUCAUAGAUUAAGUAUCAAACACAAUAAUGGUAUUUUGUUAUAUGAACCAAAUAUAUCUCUUUUUACGAGACAUAGUCUAGCUCUCCCAUCCAGGCUCAACUCCCGGGUUCAAGGGAUCCUCCUGCCCCAGCUUCCUGAGUAUGUACCUGGGAGUACAAGUGCAUGCCACCACACCCAGCUAAUUUUUUUUGUUUUUGUGGAGAUGGGGUCUUGCUAUGUUGCCCAGGCUGGACUCCAACUCCUGACCUCAAGCAAUCAUCUUAUCUUGACUUCCCAAAGUGCUAGGAUUACAGGCAUGAGCUACUGCAUCCAACCUGAACCAAAUUUAUCUUAUAACUUAGAAGAGAAACAUUUUUGGCUUGUUGGUUUUAUAGAAUUAAACCUAAUUUUUGUUCUAAUAGCAGUUCCAUUGAUUUGCAGAUUUAAGGUAGUAAAUUAUUUUCUUGCAGUGUCUAUAAAAGUAAAUGAAAUUAUGUCCUAUCAUAAAAAUCCUCUAUAGAUAAUAAAUUAUUUACAUUUUAUAGGAGAGAAAAAAUACAUGUUAAAGUUUUUGAACAGACACACAGGCAGAAAAUAAAUGGCAGUGGAUUUGAACUUGGACUUAUUUUGGACAAGCUCUUAACUGGUAUAUAUUUUGUCAAUCUUAUGUCAUGCACAAGAAUGAUAUUUUUAUAAAUGGAAAGAGUGAGUGUGGAAGUGUCUUCAUUUACCUAACAGGUUAUAUGUGGUUGGGCGCCGUGACUCACGCCUGUAAUCCCAACACUUUGGGAGGCUGAGGCGGGCAGAUCACCUGAGGUCAGGAGUUCAAGAAUAGCCUGACCAACAUGGAGAAACCCCAUCUCUACUAAAAAUACAAAAUUAGCCAGGCGUGGUGGCGCAUACCUGUAAUCCCAGCUACUUGGGAGACUGAGGCAGAAGAAUUGCUUGAACCCGGGAGGCGGAGGUUGUGGUGAGCCAAAAUGGCGCAUUGUACUCCAGCCUGGGUAACAAGAGCGAAACUCCAUCUCAAAAAAAAAAAUACGUAAAUUUAAGUGACAUUAAUGGGUACUAAAUUACCAUAAUAUGUUCAGCUUUGCAUUUUUUUGCCUUUAAAAUUAAUUUCAAUUUUAGUGUACUACUAAAUGUAAUAGUAUAUAAAUAUAAUAGUAUAUAAAUGUAAUAAAUUGUAAUAGUAUAUAAAUGUAUACUUUAAAGAUCAAUUUCUGUAUAUUCUAAAUAGGAAUUGUAUAUAAGCAAAAACGAAUUCUAGAAAUUAUCCAAUUAUGUCAUUCAUGUUAUUUAAAGGGAAACCACAAUCCAGACAGGUUAAGUACCUAGUGUGAAGGUAUGUAUCCAAUUAAUAGAGCUGGGCGACAUACAUCUGAGUAAUAAAGACUACAGAGAAAUUAUCUGGUUAGGUACAAUCUGAUACAAAGUUUAGAAACAUGUCAAACAAUUCUAUGUAUAGUCAGUGAAAGUGUAAUAACGUGCCUGAGACAUACCAGAUCAAGUUCAAUGGUUGUUUCAGGGGGAGGAAAUAAUUUUUAAAACGAUGUCUAUAACAUUUCACAUUUAAAAUCAUCUUAAGUCUAAUUCUAGAAUUGUGUCUAAUUCUAAUACUGUGCCUAGCUUUACUUGAAUAAACAGAAAUGUAGUAGGGAAGAGACAGCAUGUUUAGCUUGCAGUAUCUAAGUAAUUACUUGUGUAGGUAUCUGGGAAGAUAGCUCUCCAUAGCCCCACUGUCACUGACCUGUAAUGCUUGUCCUGACGUCUUCGGUAAAAUUCAACAGAUUACAAAGAAACCGGUGCAAUGCCUUGAAGAAAUAAGAGUUUUUUGUAUGAUGUCAGAUUCAAUACACCUCUAAUCCUUAGUAAAACAGUACAAAACAGAAUAAUUUUUAGUGUUUUCUAAUGUCAACCGAGGUUUUAUUUGGGAGAUUAACCAGAGGUUUGCAGAAAAAUAAAAGUGAAGACUAUUAGUCUUUAAAGAAACUAAGACUCUAGGUUUGGAUCCCAUUUGUGGAGCCCCACAUUCCAAGUCAUCUAAUGUUCUUGUCUAGUUAGCUUGUAAAAGUCUACCAUGGAGGAAAACCCUUUUUUUUCUUAGUAUAAAUGUAUUAUAUGUUGAUAGAAAGUUAAAUAAAAGUUCAAUAAAUGUCCUUCUAAGUGAAAUUUAAAAGUAUGUUAAAGGUGUUAAAUUAUUUCACUUUCUAAAGAGGUUUUAUGCAACACUAAAAUGUAAUGACUGAGCUGCCUCCUUUUGUUAAGGGACUAGUGCAAGUAAGAGUCUCACUCUGUCGCCCAGGCUGGAGUGUAGUGGCGCAAUCUCGGCUCACAACUUCCGCCUCCUGGGUUCAAGCAAUUCUCGUGCCUCAGCCUCCCAGCUGGGAUUACAGGUGCAUGCCAUUACAUGGGGCUAAUUUUUGAAUUUUUAGUAGAAACAGGGUUUCACCAUGUUGGCCAGGCGGUUCUCAAACUCCUGACCACAAGUGCUCCGCUCGCCUCAGUCUCCCAAAGUGCUAGGAUUAUAGGCGUGAACUACCACACUCAUCCUAGUGCAAGCCAUGUAAACAUUUUAUCCAACAGCUAAAGGAAGAUUAAUUCAUUCCACGGGCAUUUAUGAAAUAUGAGAGACUUGACUCCUGUCCGGGUGAAGCAUCAGCAGCUAGCUCUACAUUAUUUUCUGAUACUAUUCCUACACUGUGCCACCUUUCCUUAGUGACUUGUGAAGAAAAAGUGAUUAUAUGUAAAUACUACACUUCAUUGAUGGCUUGGAGAUACUGUGUAUCUUUCUGUAAUUUUACCCAGUUAAGUGAAUAAAAGCAACAGGCCCGGCCGGUAGCCACUAUUCUGACUUACUGGUGUCGUCUUUGGAGGACUUUAGUUGGCCUCAGAUUGAGCUGAAGAAGAUAUUAGUUUACUGUUCUCUUGACUUAAAACUUCAUCUUGUUGGAACAAACAUUUUCUAAAAUACCCCAAGAACUUUACCAUGGGGCAUAGUAACAUUUGAAAGUCAUUUCGCUUGCAAUGUUAUUUAUUCCUUGGUGAGAAAGAUAAUCUGGUCUUUUCAGAUAUUUUAUAAUGUAUCCUUCAGUUUUGAAUUAGCUAUCUUUAUUUCAGUUCGUUCAUUGAUGGACUCAACAUUCAUUCAGGACCUAGUUUGUAUUAGGCACUCUGCUAGGUGCUAAGGCUGCAGAAAUGCAUAAGGGUGGACAGCAGCUUUGAAGCAGCUCAGCACCUAAUGGGGAAGACAGGCAGGUAGAUCAUUACAGCCGGAGAGCGGUAUACCCCUUAGGAGAAAUGCGACAUUUAGUAAGAUUCAGGAAAGCCAUCCCAAGGAAAUACGUCAAUCACUCAUGUUUGCCAAACGCUAAUUUUUACCCUUCUGAGGAAAGCUGUAGACUCUUUCCUCAAAAAAACAAAAUUUUGCACAUGAUUUCAGGUAUUUGCCUAUUCCUUGGAAAUCCAAAUAUCUCAGGGUAAAACUCUAAAGACAUUUAAUGUUUUCAGUCCAAAUUAACCCUCUAUAACUUGCCACUUUUCCUAUUUUAAAAGUAUACUUUCCAGGUUGAGUAUUUUGUACUGUUAACAUUCUAGAACCUGACCCUAUCUUUGUCAUCAUACAGACUUUAGUUAUCACCUCGAGUGUUAACCUUUUCAUUCUUUGCUAGCCUAUGUGUCACAGUUGUAAUUAAUAAUUCAUAUGCUGCUGUUUUAGGAAAGUUUUGGAGUCACCUUUAAAAAGAAUGCAGUCUGAUUAUCUCCUACUAGUAGUAAAUAGUUUUGCUUCCUUUUUGUUUUUUUCCUGAGACUUUCAGGAUCCGGUUUUACCUUUUACUCUUGAAGAUUCAUCACAAACAUUAUGGAUACAUACAUUUGAGAUUGGUUAUAUAUACAUUUGAGAUUGGUUAUGAUAUAUACAUUUGAUAUAUACAUUUGAGAUUGGUUAUGAACGGUUGUUAAGACCUCUUUAAAUCUUUAACACGGGAGUUAGAUGCUGAGGAGCCGCCCCACAAGGCCCGGCAGGUCCGGGGGUGGGGGUGCUCGGAGGGAGCCGGGAGGGCCCCGGGCCAAUGCCUUCCACUUCCCCAUGCCUCAGAGAGCUCACACUCAGCUCCUCGGAUGUUCUGACCGGCUUGGUGUUUGUCAUCUCACUUUAUUAACGGGAGCCUGACACCUCCACGCACUGGUGCGGAGGGGUACUGGCUGCCGGAGGGCCCGGAGUCGGCGCGGGGCUCGCGGGCGGUGGCAGGAACGCGUGCCGGGACGGAUCUCCGCGCGGCCGAACGCGACCCGAGGCGACGGAGGAGCGGCGCCGUAUUUUUUAGAUAAGGAAAUAAAAUAUUUCCAAUAAAGUUGAAGUCUCAUCCCACCCAUCCAUAACCAGUCACUCCAUGGAUUCCUUUGGGCAACCCAGACCAGAAGAUAAUCAGUCAGUAGUCAGCAGAAUGCAAAAGAAAUACUGGAAAACUAAACAGGUCUUUAUCAAAGCAACAGGAAAAAAAGAGGAUGAGCACUUGGUGGCGUCUGAUGCUGAACUGGAUGCUAAACUUGAGGUUUUUCACUCCGUUCAAGAGACAUGCACUGAACUUCUGAAGAUAGUCGAGAAAUACCAGCUAAGACUCAAUGUUAUAUCAGAGGAAGAAAAUGAGCUAGGGCUCUUUUUAAAGUUUCAAGCGGAACGGGAUGCAACUCAAGCUGGCAAAAUGAUGGACGCCACUGGCAAGGCACUUUGUUCUUCAGCCAAGCAAAGAUUGGCCCUGUGUACUCCUCUGUCUCGUCUGAAGCAAGAAGUAGCAACAUUCAGCCAAAGGGCGGUAUCUGAUACCUUGAUGACAAUUAAUCGGAUGGAGCAGGCGCGCACAGAAUACAGAGGAGCUCUGCUGUGGAUGAAAGAUGUAUCCCAAGAGCUGGACCCAGACACCUUAAAGCAAAUGGAAAAGUUUAGAAAAGUACAGAUGCAAGUGAGAAAUAGCAAAGCUUCUUUUGACAAGUUAAAGAUGGAUGUUUGUCAGAAAGUGGAUUUACUUGGAGCUAGUCGCUGCAAUAUGCUAUCUCAUUCGCUCACUACCUACCAGAGAACACUGCUUGGAUUCUGGGAGAAAACAGCUCGAAUGAUGUCCCAAAUUCAUGAAGCCUGUAUUGGCUUUCAUCCAUAUGAUUUUGUAGCUCUCAAGCAACUACAAGACACUCCAAGCAAGCUUACUGAAGACAAUAAAUAUGAACAAAUAGGCGGUUUUCUUACUGAACAGCUCAAUAAGCUAGUUUUGUCUGAUGAGGAAGCAAGCUGUGAGAGAGAACAAGCAAACAAAGAUCACAAGGAAACACAUUCUCAAAUGAGAGAAUUUGGAGCACCUCAGUUUUCUAACUCUGAAAAUGUUGCAAAAGAUCUACCUGUAGAUUCAUUGGAAGGAGAAGAUUUUGAGAAGGAAUUCUCAUUUCUGAACAGCCUCCUAAGUUCUGGUUCUUCAAGUACUAGUGAAUUUACCCAAGAAUGCCAGACUGCCUUUGGGAGUCCCAGUGCCAGUCUCACAUCCCAGGAGCCUUCCAUGGGGUCUGAGCCCCUCGCUCAUUCUUCUCGAUUCCUUCCUUCACAACUUUUUGACCUUGGCUUUCAUGCGGCUGGAGCAUUCAACAGCUGGGUCUCCCAAGAGGAAUCAGAGCUUCGUCUUUCACACACUGAUAACCAGCCAGUGCCUUCACAGAGUCCAAAGAAAUUAACAAGAUCCCCCAACAAUGGUAAUCAAGACAUGUCAGCCUGGUUUAAUCUAUUUGCAGACCUGGAUCCACUUUCAAACCCAGAUGCUAUUGGACACUCAGAUGAUGAACUCCUUAAUGCUUGACUGAAGUUAUAAUGUCACUUCAGUGGCCUUGAGACAUCAAUUUUGCAACACAUUUCCUUUGUGGAAAGGAGUUUAUAUUGUAACCCACACACAAAAGCAUGGUGUUUGUGAAUAUAACACCUGUCAGCCAACUUUAGACAGAUGGUAAAGACCACAUUUGAAUAGGUUAAGUACAUCUUUCAUAUCUUGGAUUUGCAACUGUUGGUACUAUGUGGAAAAUAUCAGAAACUUCUAUGUGGAAAAUAUUAGAAAACUAUGGAGUCUGCAAUAUUUAGAUACUGAAACUUAUGUCAAAAUAACGGCUAGGAGUAAUUCUGUCAAUAUGGAGUUGAGCUUAUUUCUUUGGAAACCCUUUUAAGUUGCCUUGCUGGCUGUGAGAAUUUUAUAUGUGGAUAAAAAAAGAUAGCAUGUAAAUUGGAUUGUGGUUUGGGGUCAGUUUUUAAAUAAAAUAGUAACAAGGAGGAUUUUCUGUUUUCGAAAACAGCAUUAGAACCAGACCAGCUUUGUUUUGGGUUAGAGAGAGAGAAUAAGAUUUGAGAGCUUAGUUUGCUUUAAUGAAAUCACAGAGAAACUU